AUGCACAAAGAUGAUGAAGAGAAAACAAGCUUUGUAACCGACAGCGGCACAUACUGUUACAAACAAAUGCCAUUCAGAUUAAAAAAUGCAGGGGCAACUUAUCAGCGGCUAAUGAACUUCGUAUUCAAAGACCAGAUCGGUCGUAACAUGGAAGUUUAUGUCGACAACAUCAUCGUCAAGUCCAAAAAGGUAGAAGAUCAUGCGAAAGACCUAAAAGAAGUCUUCACCAAUCUUAAAAAAUACAAACUCAAGCUAAAUCCGGACAAAUGCGCAUUCGAAGUCCCAACAGGAAAAUUCCUCGGUUACCUCAUCUCUCAAAAAGGCAUUAAAGUAAACCCGGAGAAAACAAAAGCAAUUUUGGAAAUGAAGGCGCCAAAAUCAGCUAAAGAAGUUCAAAAGCUAAACGGUAGAGUCACGGCUCUCGGUCGAUUCGUGUCUAACUCGGCCAAAAGAUGUCUCCCGUUCUUCAAAACAUUAAGAAAUGUGAAAAAAUUCGAGUGGACCGAAGAAUGCGAACAAUCUUUUGAAGAGCUCAAGAAAUUCCUGAGUUCACCACCACUACUCGGAAGACCUGAAACCGGAGAAGUGCUAUACCUAUAUCUAAGUGUCACUGAUGAAACAGUGGCAUCGGUACUAGUAAAGGAAGAGGCAUCCGAGCAAAAGCCGGUAUACUACACGAGCAAGGUGUUGAAAGGACCCGAGCGCGGAUAUAGCAAAAUCGAGAAAUUUGCAUUAGCAUUGGUCUUAACAGUUGAAAAACUAAAAAGAUAUUUUCAGGCUCACACAGGAAUAGUCCGAACAAACCAACCUCUGAGAAAAGCGCUCGCAAGACCAGAAACAUCAGGACGACUAAUCAACUGCAGAAACAACAACACACGAUCAACCUACCGAGGUAGACAAGGGCCUAGUCAGCUGAACGCUAAAGUAGACGGAGCAUCAAACAUGAGCGGAGCAGGAGCGGGCAUGAUACUAAGAGGACCACAUAAGAUCAAAAUGCAAAACUCGAUCCAUCUAAAUUUUCCAACAACCAACAAUGCAGCGGGAUACGAAGCUUUGAUAAAUGGAUUAAGGAUGGAACCGGUAGUCAAGACCGAGUACAUCAAAAUUCAGAGUUACUCUCAGCUGGUGGUUAACCAGGUACUUGGUUUAUACGAGGUAAAAGAUCCAGAGAUGAAAAAAUACGUAGACCGAGUGAAAGAGCUGCUCGCAAAAAUUAUCGAAGAGGGUGGAAAAUGGGAGUUAGAACAAAUACCCAGAGAGGAAAACACAGAAGCAGAUACAUUGGCAAAAGCCGGAGCAGUCAAAGAAACAAUGUCGGCCAUACCGUGCUCGGUUCAAAAUUUCAGCAGUAUCCAGAAUCCCGAAGCAACAUUCCUCAUCAACCCAUUGAACCAGUGGAUAGAACACAUCAUCUCAUACAUUGAAAACGGGAGCCUGCCCGAAGAUAACAAAGAAGCAAAGAAAGUAAAACACCGAGCACCACACUUCUCAUACCGAGACGGGACUCUGUACAGAAAAUCAUUCUCACACCCCUGGUCCAGAUGCCUCACGGUGGAGGAAGGGAAAUAUUUCUUAGCCGAGAUACACGAAGGUGUAUGUGGAAGCCACAUCUCACACCUGGCACUCUGUCGUAAAGCCGUCUUACAAGGUUACUACUGGCCGACACUGGCACAAGACGCAUCAAACCUGGUACAAAAAUGUGAGAAAUGUCAGUACCACCAAAAUGUACACAUAUCAACCAACGACCGAACAAAAUCCAAUAAUAAGUCCUUGGCCAUUCAGCAUGUGGGGAAUAGACAUCGUUGGACCUUUUCCAACGGCAAGUGGGCAGAGAAAAUUCAUAAUUGUAGCAGUUGA